CUUCCAACGGUCUUGGCAGGCAGGAGGAGGAGGAGGGAGGAGCGGUCCUUCUUACGCCCCAACAUCGGGGCUCGGGGACGGAAAGCUGCUGAGGAGCAACUCUGGGGGCGUCAGGGAGGAAGGGGCAGGAGAGUUGGGACGGAGGGGAGAAUCUGAGGUGCUGGUUGCCCUCCCACCCUAGAUAUUGGCCCAGUUUGGGGCCCCCAAGUGGGGCUGGGUAAAGAGCCCAUCGCAACCAAGGUGAUCCCGGGCACGGCAACCGAAUCAGGACGGGCAAGCGCUGGCUCCCCGCCGUCCUCCCCCCCGCCGGGCCGCCCAAGCCGCAGGCUCCCAUGGCCCCCCCGAGCUCCCGGCCUGGCUCGCCCCUUCGGACGGAGGACCUCCUGAGCGAGGCCAAGUGGCCUCCCCUCUCCGGGCGUGAGGCCUCCCUCCUGGUCACCUCGCAGCUCUACACGUCCUUGCACCGCAGCCGCCAGGCCGAGGCCGAGGCCCGGGCCCAGCUCGAAGGACCCCUGGGCUCCCCGACGCCCCCACCCUCCUGUGCCCCCGAGCCCCGGGAGGAGCUGGAGACCCUGGCCCGGGAGCUGAGUCGGAGUCUGACGGUGGGGGUGGAGACGAGCGCGCAGAGGAAGGCGGGCUCCCAGCACAUCUCAGCGAUGGAGAGCGUCCGCAGCCACCUCCAGAGCAUGCUGCAGGCAUCCCGAGAGACAGCCCACCGCCACCCCCUCGCCCCACCCGGUGGCCCCGAGCGGCGGGAGGAGGACUCCUUCGACAGUGACAGCACCGGUACCCUGCUCAACGCCCGGCCCCUGCAAGAGUUGUCCCCGCCCAGCUCCGCAGCGGGGCUGGAUGGGCUCUUCCCCCGCUGCAGCAGCCUCUGGCCUGGGUCCUCCCGGGACCAGCCCGAGCUCCAGGGCCUCAAGGACGCACUGGACACGGAGCACACGCGCCGCAGGCACUGCGAGCGGCACAUCCAGAGCCUGCAGACGCGGGUGCUGGAGUUGCAGCAGCAGCUGGCCGUGGCCCUGUCUGCUGACCGCAAGAAGGAUCUCAUGAUCGAGCAGCUGGACAAGACCCUGGCCCGGGUGGUGGAGGGCUGGAACCGGCAUGAAGCCGAGCGGGCGGAAGUCCUGCGGGGACUGCAGGAGGAGCGCCAGGCUGCGGAGCUGACCCGCGGUCAGCAGCAGGAGACGGUAGCCCGCCUGGAGCAGAGCCUGUCCCAGGCCAUGGAGGCACUGAGUCUGGAGCAGAAGGGGGCAAGCCAGCAGCAGCGGGAGCGGGAGGUGCUGGAGGAGGCCCGGAUGGCGUUGACGCGGAGCCUGGAGCGGGAGCAGCAGAGGAGCCGGAGCCUCCAGGCAGAACGGGACGAGGCGCUGGCUGGGCGGCUGGACGAGCGGCGGCAGCUGGAGAACCUCCGGGCGGCCCUGGAGGAGCAGGCCCAGGCCCAGGCCCAGCGCGAACGGCAGCAGCAGGACCAGUGCCAGGCCUUACGCGAAGAGGCCCGGGCCCAGCUGGAGCGGGAGCGGGCCAACGGGCAGCGGGAGGCUCAGGCGGCCCUGGAGGCCCGGCAGCAGCUGAGCUCGGCUCAGGCGGAGGUGCGGAGGCUGGAGGGGGAGCUGGACACGGCCCGCAGGGAGAGGGACGCACUGCAGCUGGAGAACAACUUGAUUCAGGCCCGCUGUGAGGCCCAGCGAGUACAGAUGGAGUCCAAACUGGCAGUGCAGCUGGAGCAGCAGAUGACGGAGCGCCUGGCCCAGGUGCACGAGGGAAGCCUGCGCCAGGUGACGUCCCUGCGGGAGCAACACAGGAAACAUGUGCAGGAGCUGACCGGGCAGCACCAGGAGGAGAUGGCCGCCCAGCUGGCCCAGUUCAAGGCGGAGCUUGCAGAACAGGAGGCGCAGCGGCAGCACGUGGCCCAGGACUACGAACUCAGGCUGGCCCGGGAGCAGGCGCGGGUGCGGGAGCUGCGGAGCGGGCACCAGCGGCUGGAGGCGCAGCGGGAGGAGACGGUGGGGCGGCUGCAGGCCAUGCUGCGGACGCACUGGGAAGAGGCUCACCGGCUGCUCAGUGGCUCUGCCCCGCCCGGGGUCCCACCGGUCAGCCCCUCUCCCCGCCAAAGGGUCAUCCCCCCUCGGGCCUUUCUCCUGCCCCUGCUCCUCUCCCGCCUGGUCCCUGCCCUCACGGCCACCUUCACGGUGGGCGUGCUGGGGCCCUGGGCCUGCGACCCCAUCUUCGGGCGGGCCCGGCCCGAACUGGCCGCCCGUCUGGCCGUGGCCCGCAUCAACCGCGACCCCGCGCUCUCGGCCGGCUACCGAUUCGACUACGCGGUCCUGCCCGAGCCCUGCCGCACGGCCCGGGCCCUGGAGGCCGCGGCCUCCGCCCUGAGCCGGGUCUCGGGCCUGGUGGGACCCGUCAACCCGGCCGCCUGCCGGCCCGCAGCCCUCGUGGCCCAGCUGGAGGACAAGCCGCUCUUCCCCUGGGGCUGCCCGGGUGCGGCCGGGGGUCCGACGCUGGCUCCGGUCCUCCCCACGGCCGCCUCCGCCCUUUACGCCCUCCUGCGGGUCUUCCGCUGGGCCCGCGUGGCCAUCCUCACCGCCCCUCAGGACCUGUGGGUGGAGGCCGGACGUGAGCUGGCGGGGGCCCUGCGGGCGCGGGGCCUGCCCGUCGCUCUGGUAGCCGCCGUGGAAGCCGACUACCCAGGGGCCCGAGCCACCCUGCGGAGGGUCCUGGACGGACCCGCCGUCCGAGCGGUGAUCAUGGUGAUGCACUCGCUUCUGCUGGGCGGGGAGGAGCAGCGGCUGCUGCUGGAGGCAGCGGAGGAGCUGGGCCUGGCCGACGGCUCGCUGGUCUUCCUGCCCUUCGACACGCUGCACUUCGCACUGCCCCCCGGGCCCGCGGCCGUCCUGGCUAACAGCUCCCGCCUGCGCCGGGCGCACGACGCCGUCCUCACCCUCACCCUCCGCUGCCCCCCGGACCGGUCCGUCCCCGAGGCUCUCCGACGGGCCGUGGCCCGCCACGAGCUGCCCCGAGACCUGGAUCCCAGCCAGGUGUCCCCGCUCUUCGGCACCAUUUAUGACGCCGUCUAUCUGCUGGCCGGGGCUGUGGCGGGGGCCUCCCGCCAGGGAGGCCGAUGGGUGACGGGGGCCAGCGUGGCCAGGCACGCCCCAGCACGGCCUCCCCUGGCCUUCUGUGGCGGCACGGAGCCCGCCUACGUGCUCCUGGACACGGACGGGGUCGGGGCUGACUUGCACCCCACCUACACCUUGGACAUCGCCACCGGCCUCCUGGGCCCCGCCGGACGGGCCAUUCACUUCCCCGGCCCCACCGGGCCCGGCACCGACCCCGCCUGCUGGUUCGACCCCAAGGUCAUAUGCGCAGGAGGGGUGGAGACCAGCGUGCUCCUCCUCAUCCUCCUGGUGGUGACAGGGGUCGGACUCCUAGCUGCCGUGCUGUUCUUUCACAUCCGGCGCCGUCUCCUCCAUGCUCAGAUGAUGCGAGGGCCCAACAAGAUCGUGCUGACCACAGAGGACCUCACCUUUGUCAACAUACAAAGCAGCUGCAAGGUGAUGGAGGGCAGCCGUUCCAGUCUGAUGGGCCGCAGCAGCGUGUCGGAGAUGCGCAGCCUUCGCGGUGCGCAGACGCCCGGAGUCGACAACAGCAGCGUGGCCGUCUUCGAGGGAGAUUGGGUGUGGUUGAAGAAGUUCCCGGGGGAGCACGCGGAGAUCAGGCCCUCCACCAAGACGGCCUUCAGCAAGCUCCGGGACCUGCGGCAUGAGAACGUGACCCUGUACGUGGGUCUGUUCCACGAGACUGGGGUGCUGGCGGCCGUGAUGGAGCACUGCUCCCGAGGCAGCCUGCGGGACCUCAUCCACAACCGCGACAUGAAGCUCGACUGGAUGUUCAAGUCUUCGCUGCUGCUCGACCUCAUCAAGGGGAUGAAAUACCUCCACCACCGCGACCUGGUCCACGGGCGGCUCAAGUCUCGGAACUGCGUGGUGGACGGGCGCUUCGUGCUCAAGGUCACCGACCACGGCCAGACACGGCUGGAUGAGGCCCAGCGAGCGGCCCGAGGCCCACCCAGCGCACAGGACCGGCUGUGGACGGCCCCGGAGCUGCUGCGGGACGAAGAGCUGGAGCGUCGCGGCUCCCGCGCCGGGGACGUGUUCAGCCUGGCCAUCAUCAUGCAAGAGGUCGUCUGUCGCAGCGAGCCCUAUGCCAUGCUCCACCUGGAGCCCCACGAGAUCGUACAGAAGGUGCGCGGCCCCCCGCCCCUGUGCCGGCCGUCGGUGUCGCUGGACCAGGCCCCGGUGGAGUGCAUCCAGCUCAUGAGGCAGAGCUGGGGCGAGCACCCGGACCGACGCCCCGACAUGGACUCCAUCUUCUCCCAGUUCAAGACCAUCAACAAGGGUCGCAAGACGAACAUCAUCGACUCGAUGCUGCGCAUGUUGGAGCAGUAUUCCAGCAACCUGGAGGACCUCAUCCGCGAACGCACCGAGGAGCUCGAGCUGGAGAAGCAGAAGACCGACCAGCUGCUCACCCAGAUGCUCCCGCCGUCUGUGGCAGAAGCUCUGAAGAUGGGGACCCCCGUAGAGCCCGAGUACUUCGAGGAAGUGACCCUGUAUUUCAGCGACAUCGUCGGCUUCACCACCAUCUCGGCCAUGAGCGAGCCCAUCGAGGUGGUGGACCUCCUCAACGACCUGUACACCCUCUUCGACGCCAUCAUCGGCUCCCACGACGUGUACAAGGUAGAGACCAUCGGGGACGCGUACAUGGUGGCGUCGGGGCUGCCCAAGCGGAACGGGCAGCGGCACGCGGGUGAGAUCGCCAACAUGUCCCUGGACAUCCUCAGCUCCGUAGGCUCCUUCCGCAUGCGCCACAUGCCCGAGGUGCCCGUCCGCAUCCGCAUCGGCCUCCAUUCGGGCCCAUGUGUGGCGGGUGUGGUGGGCCUCACCAUGCCCCGCUACUGCCUCUUUGGGGACACGGUCAACACGGCCUCACGCAUGGAGUCCACGGGGCUGCCGUACCGCAUCCACGUGAACGUAAGCACGGUGCGGAUCCUGCGGGGGCUUCCUGAGGGCUAUAAGGUGGACGUGCGUGGCAAGACGGAACUCAAGGGGAAGGGCAUCGAGGACACGUACUGGCUGGUGGGGCGGGAAGGGUUCACCAAGCCCAUUCCCACACCCCCCGACCUGCUGCCCGGGGCCAGUAACCAUGGAAUCAGCCUCCACGAGAUUCCCGAGGAACGACGCAGGAAGCUGGAGAAGGCUCGGCCGGGGCAGCUAGGCAAAUGAGGGGGAUUCCCCUCCUCGA